AUGAAGUACAUUCUUUUGACCACCAUCUUUGCCGCUGCCUGCGCAGCUGGACCUCUGGCUGAAGUCAGAGAUCUGACUGGCACGCCCGAGAACACUCUCACCUAUGUCGACAUUACUCCGGCUGAGUUGGAACCGCAGAACGCCAACUUGACCGAUCUCGUCGCCAGAGAUACGCUCCCUAACACCAGCUGCCCAGCUGGACAGACUUAUGAUCGCUCAGUCUGCUUCAAGUCCAACAUCAUUCGCAGCUUCUGCGUUGCCAACCCUCGCAGCAACCGCGAGAAGAUUACGGAUACCCCUUGCCGCGCCAACGAAAUCUGUGUCCAGCGUCGUCUCGUCAGCAGCGGCAAGAGCUACGCCAAGUGCAUUCCCGUCGUUGACCUUGUCUUGUGGAAGACUAGCCCGGACGGAAACAAGGAGGGCUGCACUACCACCACCGUCAAGAGUGGCGGAAACCACCACGUGGGAACCAUCGUUUACGAUGUGAACAAAAACCCUAUCCAAGUCGACAAGAUCCGUUACCUAGGAGAGCCUGGUGAUGUCGAUGAGGGAAUUGGCGGAUCCACCCCUUUCUUCAGCAGCAACCUCUUCAGCUUCGCUGGAGGCCACUACCUUAAGAGUAAGGAAACAAGAUGA